AUGGUCCGAAACUAUAAAAGAAAAAAGGAGAAAACUUAUUGCUGUGAAACACUUCUUGAAGCUGUACGACUAGUAAAGCAAAAACAGUUAACCAGUUAUGCUGCUGCGGAACGUUUCAAUAUUCCUCGUUCAACAAUAAUAUCAGAUGUGUACGCUACGCGCGGGCAAAAACAGGCAAAUCCUGGAAAAAAUACUGUAUUUUCCAGAUCAUGUGAGCAAGAAAUAUCUUCCUAUUUGCACAUAAUGGAAAAAAAUGGAUUUUCAUUGACGUCAAAAGAAGUCAAGGCAUUAGUGUCAGAAUAUAUUAAAAGGAAUGGUAUAGUUACGCCAUUCAGAGAAGAUAUGCCAUUCAGAGAAGAUAUGAUUGGCUUCGUGGUUUUCGCAAGAGAAACGGUUUAUCGCUAA